CUGAUUGACAAACAUCACCAACGCCCAUAAACUCAGUAUAGGAAAUGAAUCGAGUCCUGAAAAUAGUCUCUUUCUCAGAUAAUUGAGAAAAGAUCACGCUGCUCCACGCACUUCUCGCGUAGUAGCACAGACUCAAUUGUUCAAUCGGAGCUUGGGAUUUCUGAUUGUUGCACUUUUUCUAUUGUAACACACUCGUUCUGCUCAUUUAAAAUUUUGGAUUGUUCUUUUCGCAUUGCUGUUUCUUCAGUUCGACUAUCUGUUCUGCGCUCUCGUCACUAGACUGUCCAUUUGCGUUCAUCCAAAAUGGCAACACGAAUCGAUAAAGAGGCUUGCAGGGAAGCUUAUAAUCUCGUCAGAGACGAUAACACGGAGAUUAACUGGGCUGCAUUUAAAUAUGAGGGUCAUGUGAUUGUUCCAGCGGGCCAUGGAACUGAUUAUGAGGAAUUCAAGAGUCUGUGCACAGAUGAUGGGCGUCUCUUUGGCUUUGUGCGGAUCACGACGGGUGACGCGAUGAGCAAGCGAGCCAAGUUUACCCUCAUUACCUGGAUUGGAGAGAAUGUGAGCGGCCUGCAGCGUGCCAAGAUCAGCACCGACAAAACACUGGUGAAAGACAUUGUCCAGAACUUUGCCAAGGAGUUCAUGAUCAGUGAUCCCCGUGAGCUGGAAGAGGACUACCUCCGCACAGAGCUAAAGAAGGCGGGCGGGGCCAACUAUGAUGCACAGGCAGAGUAGAGCAGGGUCCACUGGGGCAGGGGGGAGGGGCUGCUACCUUAUGGGGGAGGGAGGGGUCUCCAUGCCUGGAUGAGAGAGGGGGAUAUACACACACACACACACAUUAAUACAUAGCAACGUAAAUUCUCGCAGAAAGCACACAUUCAGACGUAUGUGUACAGUCCUAACCUCAGCCCUCCAAGUAGGCAGGUCAUGGUUGAUUCUCUACUGUAACGUCACUGGCCAUCAUCUCACUCUCAUCUCAGCUGCGGCGCAACUCAGUCUGGGGUGCUGUGUUUGUUUUACAACUGGAAAAGACAUGUUACUGUACUGUAUGUUGGAGAAGGCAGAGAGAUUCUUUUUGCCUGCUGCGGAUUGGACUUGUCAUCGUUGUGCUUUAUCUGUAUCUUCUUCUGUUGUUGUGGUCUAAACAUGCAUCUUUGGUCAAUGGAGGUCUUUCCUGCCUAUCCACCCGCAAGGUGUACCCCACUGUGUUUACUGCCUUAAUCUCCCAUGGAGAGAGAGGCAUCAUGGGAUUUAUGUGUGUUUGUGGACACUACACUGUGAUUGGCUAUCCACCACUCAUGGGGGAGGGACUAAGGUUAGCCUAUGGCCCACAAACCAACAGGGCAGGGCUGUAGCACUGUCCUUCAGCCUAGCCCAGGAGCAGCCAUUUCUCUAGUGUAGCCUCUCUUUUUAUUUGGACUGAACCCCAAAAUAGGAAUGUUUUUUUUUUUUUUUUUAAAGAUGAUUUUUAUUUUCUCUAAGAGUUUAACCUUUGAUUUAUUAUCAAGAGCAAUGUUAUCUAGGAGAUUUGAGGAGACAUUUAAAAA